AUGUUCGCUCCUUUCGUCGCCCUCCUUCCCAUCGUCCUCGCAAGUUUCACGACCGCGGCGCCCGCCUUGUCCUUCGACAUCACCGACUCGCCGCAGUGCACUUCCGGCGAGCUGUCCUGCUGCUCUAACACUCUGACUCCCGAGAACGCGCAGGGUCCGCUCGGCCAGCUCGGGCUCGGCCACCUGCUCGACAACCUCUCGGGCCAGGUCGGCCUGCAGUGCAACGCCAUCACGGGCAUCGGCACAGGCCAGGGCGCGACGUGCACCCAAGAGCCUGUGUGCUGCGCGCAGAACAACUACAACGGUUUGGUCAACCUCGGUUGCACGCCUGUCAAUGCUGCUGCCUAAGCAAUGCGCUCGUUAUUCCUACGAGCAGCGCUUCGAUAUACCCCUUCCAUGUCCAUUUCUUUCAUCAUGAGUCUAGUACAGAGUGUAUGAGUAGCGCUACCUCAGUCGGUCGAUCAGUUCCAUGGUUUGAACGCAGAAUACGGUCAUAGUCAGUCGGAUGAGUACAUACAAUAUACCAAUGCAGCCCCC